CUCUCUCUCUCUCUCUCUAUCUAAGCUCUGAGAAACGGAAAUGGCGAACCUGAGAAAUAAUAAUUACAGAGAAUCAACACUGUCAAAUCAUUCAAAUGCUUCGAAUUCAGAUUUCCUCUGAAGAGGAGGUCAUUUCAUGUCUCUGAUACAUAGGCUUGGCAUCCUUUGGAGUAAAUUUUGUAGAUACUUUGUUGUAGAUCUUGUGUUCAGAACUUUGAUGCCAACAUCAUCUGUGUUGCAGGGGUUUGUAUGAUGAGUAACACAUGGAAAGAUGAGCAGCACCCACCCUUCAUCAACUUCAUCUCCUCUUUCCUUAGUGCAAAUUCUUUCCGGCUUAACUUUGUCCCAAUUGCCCCUGAUUUUAUUUUCAACUGUGGGGGUUUGUCGGUGGCUUUCAUGUUUGUAACAAACUGGGAUUGCAACGACUCGUUGCCUAUCUUUUGCAGAGUUCAGAAACUGAAGGGGCAGUUUGCAAACCUCUAUGUGGUUGUUACUCUCCCAACAAAGGAGCAAAAUGAUUCCUUUGUUUGCUCUUAUUUCAAAUAUGGAAUGGAGCUUGGUGGGCCAAUAUUUGUGCCAGUUCAAGACUUAGAGAUGGGUUUUGAGAAAAUUUUGAAGAUUGCACAUGCUCGUGGGGUAUGUAAGAGGCAGGAUGCUGUAUCUAAAUUGAAGGAUGAGAGGGAGAGAUCAGUGCAAAGGAUGGACGUUUUUCUCAGAGUGGUCACAUCCAUUCCUGGCAUUAACAACCAUGAUGCAAAUGCGCUUAAUCAAGCCAUUGGUUCAAUUGAAGCAAUAGCUAAAGCAUCCAAGGAAUUUAUCUUGGAAAAUACAGACCUUUCGGCUGACAAAGCCGAGACGAUAAUGAGGUUUUUCAGAGAUCCAAAGUUUUACCUCAGUGCCAAAAUCGUUUGGCAGAAGAUAUAGUUUCAAACUCGACACAGCUGGAGUGAAUACUCCACCAGCCUUAAGGUGGUGGAUUUUUAUCAGAACAUGAUGUUGCUACUAUUGAGGAAAAGGAAUUUCAACUCUGUUAUGAAUGAAGGUCUGUUUGGAAACCAAGAAAUCAGCUACUUGGAUAUGCACCUCUGCUCUGAUCCUACAGGAAUUCCGAGAAUGAAAAAUCAUGUUUGGUGCUUCAAGAAAAAUCGGAAAACACACCUUAGUUGUUGUUUUUUGUGAGGUUCUUGUUAUAUAAUACACGAUGAUAAACUGCAAAUUUUAAAAUUUAAACAUUUGUAGUUUGAUCCUUAUUUGGUUUAUCAUAAAAAUAAAACAUUUUUUUUUGUCC